GAAUUUAAAGUUUAGAACUAAAAGAAGAGAGCGGAGAAAUGAAGAAGCUGAAUUGGGUUAGCAGUUAGGGCAAGGAAUCGGAAUCUCAACGCUUCCAAUGGCGGACUCUUCUCAGAAACCUUAUUCACAAACCAUCCUUCACCGCCUAUUCUUUCAGCCGCGGAAAAAUUGUUUUCUCAACCCUGCAAGUUGGAAAGAAAAUGGAAGUAGAUGAGAGAAUGCUGGGCGAACUCGAAGCGAUGGGAUUCUCCAAGGCACUGGCCGCAAAGGCACUUACUUCUUCUGGUAAUUCAAGUAUUGAGGAUGCUAUUAAUUGGCUUGUUGAUCAUGGGGAUGAUGCACCUACAAGUGAACCUUCACCGGGGCCUGAGGUUCUCGAAAACAUAGUCAUUGAAGCAUUUCUCCCCAUUCAGAUUUCUGAACAAGUUAAGUUGAGAGCGCAAGAGCUGAGGGGUCAAGCACGUAAAAGGAGAGCAGAGCAAGAUGCAAGACUAGAUAGAGAAAGGGAGAAGGAAAGAAUUCGAACAGGGAAAGAACUGUUAGAGGCUAAGAGGAUGGCGGAAGAAAGUGAAAGGAAAAGGCUUCUAUCACAACGAAAAGCAGAUAAAGAGGAAGAGAAAAGAGCACGCGAAAGAAUUCGUCAAAAACUGCAGCAGGACAAGUUAGAAAGACGCCGAAUGCUGGGAUUGCCUAUGGAGACUCCUGCAUCAGUGAAUACUGAAUUGCCACAACAAACAAAUAACCCAGAGCUAGUUGAUCCUGCUGCUUUGCCCGAAACGCCUGCGUCAGCAAGAGAGUCCAUGAGAGAAUGUUUAAGAACUCUUAAACGUCAAAAUAAGGAUGACAAUACCCGAGCUAUGAGAGCAUUUCAAACUCUCUUGAUUUAUGUUAAAAACGUCUUCAAGGAUCCUGACGAAGAGAAGUUCAGAAAGAUCCGCAUCAGCAAUCCUGCAUUCCAGGAGAGAGUCGGAAGAUUCGAGGAAGGUGUGAAGUUUCUUGAGCUCUGUGGGUUUGAGAGAGUUGAGGGAGAUAACUUUCUGUACAUGGCUCGAGAAAGAGUUGACAGCAGCUUGUUGAAGUCUGCUGCGGCAGAGUUGCAUAAUGCAUUGACAAAUCCUUUCUUUGGACUCUUCUCAGCAUAACUUGGCCUUGAAUCUAUUUGAUACUAGUACUAGUAAUAUUGAUUUGAGAAAAUGCAUGUGGAAUUUGAAUCUCGAAUUUUAAGUACUUCAAAAUAAUGGAGGGAUGGAUGAAAAUGAAACCAAAUGUCUGAUAUCGUGUUUUCAGAAUAAGUAUCAACUUUUACACUCUUCCACUUCCAGAAUGGAAGAAAUAUACAAACUUGUUUCUGUUUGAGAGAAUAGAAAUAUACACAAACUUUGGUAACAAUCUAC